CGACAUCGACGCACACCGUUUCAGUGUGUGUGUGUGAGUGUCCUUGUAUGGCAGCUGGGGGAGGGCAGUCAAGCACGGGGCUUGGGGCAGUGUGUGUGUGUGUGUGUGUGUGUGUGUGUGUGUGUGUGUGUGUGUGUGGUCGGGUGCUAAAGGGUGCGGGGUCUGAUUGUGGUGUCAUCGGCUACAACAACUGCCAGUUUGCGGACAGGCCCCACUGCCAUGUUGGCUUGGCGCGCAACGAUGGCUCCGACAUGGGUCUGGCUUCUGCUCUUCACGGCCGGCGGAGCUCAAGCCUGGGGACCCAUUGGCCAUCAAACCACGGCCGCUAUCGCUGAAACCUUGCUGACGGAAAAGGCUGCAACGACGGUAGCCCAGAUUCUCGACAACGCCUCCAUGGUCAGCGUCUCGACUUGGGCCGACGAUGUGCGCAGCACCUCAGCCUGGGCCUGGUCUGCACCCUUGCACUUCAUUGACACCCCAGAUCGAGUGUGCAGCUUUGACUACUCGCGAGAUUGCCAAAACGAUGGACGCCCUGACUUUUGCGUUGCCGGUGCCAUUGUCAACUACACCCGUCAACUUGAGCUGGCCGUGGCCCAAGGUCGCCUGCAGGACGAGACCACUCAAGAGGCCCUCAAGUUUGUCAUUCACUUUCUUGGAGAUAUCCAUCAGCCUUUGCACGUCAGCUUUACCAGCGACGAGGGCGGCAAUUUGGUCAAUGUGACCUUUUUCGGAGAACCUGAGAAUCUACAUGUUCGUUAA